CCUUCCUCCGUCUGUGUGUGAAGGAGCGCUUGCUAUUGUCCUACUCUUUUCACACUGACAGCAUACUGUUAACAUACAGCUGCAGGAUGUGCGCCUGGAAGGAUCGUUGCUUUGUCUUAUUGGACUACAAAACGGAAAAAUACAUUAUUGCAGAAAAUAAAAGAGUUGGAAUUUUGUACCGUCUUAUCCAGCUGUCCCUCAUGGCUUACCUUAUAGGGUGGGUUUUUGUGACAAAGAAAGGCUACCAGGAGACAGAGGGGACCAUCCAGAGUUCCAUCAUAACUAAAGUGAAAGGAGUCUCCGUAACAAACACCACAGAGUCUGGUCUGAUGGUUUGGGCGCCGGAGGACUAUGUCAUCCCACCGCAGGGUGAAGACGUUCUAUUCAUUGUAACCAGCUUCUUGGAGACUCCGAAUCAGAAGCUGGGAUACUGUGCUGAGAGCUCCAAAGUGCUGGAUGGUCGCUGCACCAGGGAUGCAGACUGUGAAAAGGGAAAGAUCGUAGUGGCUGGAAAUGGAGUAAAGAGUGGCCGAUGCUUAAAAAAGGAUGAAAACUCCAUCGGUAGCUGUGAAAUUUACAGCUGGUGUCCCGGCGAAAGUAAAUUCAAACCAUCGGGGCCGAUGUUGACCAAUGCUGACAACUUCACCCUGUACAUUAAGAAUUUCAUCCAAUUUCCCAAAUUUUCCUUUUCAAAGUCGAACGUUCUCGAAACAACGGAUGACUCCUACCUGAGAAAAUGCAGAUAUGACGAGGAGCAUAACCCCUACUGUCCCAUCUUUCGUCUGGGAGACAUCAUCAGACGUGCUGGAUACAGCUUCCAGGACAUGGCCACAUUUGGGGGCUCCAUUGGCAUAGCGAUACAGUGGGAGUGUGACCUCGACAAAGCCGACUCUUACUGCGGCCCACGGUAUCACUUCACGCGCCUGGACAAGGGUAUCUCCAACAAGUCCAUUGCAGCUGGAUUUAACUUUAGACACGCACGAUACUUUAAAAAUGCUGAUGGUGAAAUCCACCGAUCUCUGUAUAAAGUCUAUGGAGUCCGGUUUCACAUCAUGGUGUAUGGAAAGGCUGGAAAAUUCAGCAUUGUCCCGACAGCCAUUAAUCUUGGUUCAGGCCUGGCUUUGAUGGGGGCUGGGACUUUCGUCUGCGACAUGAUUCUUCUCUACAUCAUGAAGGAGAGGGACUCUUACAGGGAGAGGAAGUUUGAAGGAUUGAGCGCUAACAAAGGAGCAUCUGAAAGCAACGGCAGUGAACAUAAGAAGGACGCCAUGGAGGAGGACAUUCUGACAGACUGAGUGAUUCUGAAGAAACUAUAUAAAGUGACAUAUGGCAACCGAUGCUGUACAGGGAUGGGGGAUUGUGUAAACUGUAAGUGUAGUCAUAAAAUAUGUGCGUAUUUUAGCAGCAUUGUCUGUUACCAUUUGCAUGCAGACCGCUUUUAGUUUAAAAGCUGAAAAUCCAUUUCUUCAAAUGAAUUUAUCUUCAGGGCUGUGUGAAGACAUAUCCGACCUAAAGAACACCAGAGCAGCAUGGUCACUUAUACUUUGACACAAAACAGAAUAUACCUCAUACAUGUGUAAAGCACUGAACUCCAACUUUCCUCUAAAAUAUAUUUUUCAUCAUUUGUGUGAUUUUGUUUAAUCGGUUUGGGAUAAUCUUUUAUUUAUUUUUUUCAUAGAAAAGAAACCUCUUGUGGUAACACGAGAAAAUGUUCAAAUAAAAACCGUCGUAAGACAUGUGA